AUGUCCAACUUGAGAGAAACUAUAGAAAAUACGAUCAAGACGUUUGGCGAAAACAAUACACUCGGCGUCAAGACCAAGGAUACAUCGCUAUUCUCUUCGGUACUUGCAGAGAAUUGCAUCCGUCAAUACCGACCAUUCGCCUUCAUCAACAGAUACCCCCAGUUCUUCAAAAAGGAGAUUACCAAUGCAGAUUACGAAGCUCAAAUGAAGGUUGAACUCCAGACAAUGCAAGAGGUUGUGCAGGAUCUUACAAAGACUUCCAUUGACGAGGUCCAACGCACAGCUACGAUCUGGACGACUCAGAAUGUUACCACAGUCGAUGGAACCAAGCGCACGGUCGAGGUGAUAUGGGACUUGACUUUUACAGAGGAUGGAACACGCAUCUCACAGAUUCUGGAGUUUGUCGACACUUUUGAGAGCACCAAGAUGUUGGAGCAGAUUCUGGCAGGCGCCUCUCAUGCGUAA